AUGGCGCGGGCGACAUGGGUACUCAUCGCUCUCCUCUUACUAGUACUAGUCUUAGCGGUCAAUGUCAUCCUGGGUUUAGAAGAAGGCGCGAAGAACAAGCAACAAAAGGGCGACGAUGCGAACGUAAAGCCAGAACCAACGAAACGACCACCAGAGAAAGAAAACCAAGGCAAGGCAAGUAAGAAAACAGAGCCGGCACCUGGAAAGGACGAAGUAAAACCACAUAAGAAAACUGAAGACGUCAGCGUCAAAGGUGGACAAGAAGAAGAAGUUCCCGAAGAAGACACAGAAGUAUGGCCUCCAAACGGAGUCACGUUAGAAGACGACCCAUCUCUGUGGCCUGGACAUUUAGAACCAAUAGGGUCCAAUGCGCCAGUCAAGAGAGUAGACGCACGCAAAGGUUUCCCCUCCCCAAAAGUUUUCCUCGAGGAAUAUGCCAUCUCCUCUGUUCCCGUUCUCUUCAAGGGAGCCAUGAAGGACUCAGUGGCCCACAGAAGGUGGAACUCGGACGAUUAUUUACGGACGUUUCCCGAGUCUGCCACGGAGUUUAAGUUUGUAGAGACGAAGAAGAAGGAGAACCGGACACAGCCAGUCACAGAGAUGACCCUGAGACAGUUCCUGGAUAGAUACGCCACAGAAGACAUCUACAUGGUCCAAGCGGUACCCGAGUUUCUAAAAAAAGAUGUCCCUAUGCCCAAACCACUUCUCUGUGAGCCUUUCAUUGAGAUGCUGCAAGACACGGUCCUUUGGUUCAGCAGUGGUGGAACCAGGUCUGUUCUUCACCAUGACAACCUGGACAACAUCAACUGUCUGUUAGAUGGCAGGAAAGAGCUGGUCUUCAUCAGUUAUCAGAAGUACAAGAAAAAGGUGCCAAAAACACACCCAGAAGACAGCUACUCCAGUCUGGAUGUGGAUGCAGUAGACUUUACUGAGUACCCAGGCAUGCGCGAGGUGGAGUAUUACAGGGUUAACAUGACUGCAGGAGACUGUCUGUAUGUACCUUACAUGUGGUUCCACCAGGUGAACUCAUAUGAACGUAACAUUGCUGUGAACAUCUUUUGGGACCACGAUGCCAAGAAGUAUGUGAAGAUGCUGUCCCAGACUUGUGGUGAUGCGCCGGAUGAUCCGACUUUGGCCGACUUUGAUUUCAAGGUCCAGGAAACAGAAACAGAAAACAGCCAGGAUCUACUAACCCACUUUGUUUCAUACCUUCCUAAGGAAAAAGAAGCUAACUUGACCUUCAGGCAGUUUGAGGGCAAGCUCAAGAAGGAUGGCCUGAUAUCAAAACUGACCAACUGGACAGAUGAGUGCACCCAGGCGGCUCAAGAGAUGUUUGAUCAGCUGGACCAGAAUGGGAAUUUCGUGUUUGCCUAUAAUGACCUGGAUGAUCUCACACGGGAGAUAGUGGAAGACCUGAAUGGUCUACUACAAGACAGGAUCCUUGACCUAAAUGAGAUCGCAGAUGACCAAGAUGCAGAACUCAAAGAGGCCUUGGCAGUGGAUGUGGGCAAGAAGCAGAUGGACAGGUACUCUGAGCAGAUAAAGAAGAUGAUCGAUGACCAGCUGGCAGCCAUGUUGGGUAAGAAGAAGCCAUCUGCUGGCUUGGACGACAAGACAAGCGAUGACUCCUACAGCAGCAAGGAGGAAAUCAAGGACAAAUUCAGGGAGAAGCAGAAACAGAAGGAAGAAGAGAGGAGGAGAGAAGAACUGAUGGAGGACGAAUUUACAGACUUUGCCGUGGUGGAGGAGGAGGAGGAAGAGGAGGAACUCCUAGCUGAGGAUGAAGAUGAAGAGGUUACUAUAGUAACAAAGGCUUCCAAGGAAACCAAAGAUGAUGCCUCAAAAUCAAAGGUUUCCAAGGAAACCAAAGAAGAUGCAUCAAAAUCAAAGGUUUCCAAGGAAACUAAAGAUGAUGCAUCAAAAUCAAAGGUUUCCAAGGAAACCAAAGGAGAUGCAUCAACAUCAAAGGUUUCCAAGGAAACCAAAGAUGAUGCAACAAAAUCAAAGGUUUCCAAGGAAACCAAAGGUGAUGCAUCAACAUCAAAGGUUUCCAAGGAAACCAAAGGUGAUGCAUCAAAGUCGAAGGUUUCCAUGGAAACCAAAGAUGAUGCCUCAAAAUCAAAGGUUUCCAUGGAAACCAAAGAUGAUGCAUCAAAAUCAAAGGUUUCCAAGGAAACUAAAGAUGACGCAUCAAAAUCAAAGGUUUCCAAGGAAACUAAAGAUGAUGCAUCAAAAUCAAAGGUUUCCAAGGAAACCAAAGAUGAUGCAUCAAAAUCAACAGUUUCCAAGGAAACCAUAGAUGAUGCAUCAAAAUCAAAGGUUUCCAAGGAAACCAAAGAAGAUGCAUCAAAAUCAAAGGUUUCCAAGGAAACCAAAGAUGAUGCAUCAAAAUCAACUAUGGAGAAAAAAGUACCAACAGCAAGUGAAAAGAAGCCCUCAAAGAAAACGAACACUCAUCAAGAGUUAUGA